UCUAAGGUCCGGGUUCCUAUCGCUUGCGCCAAUUUUGUGGGCGUUAUAACUUAGCAGAUAGUAAAUAGAUUUUUCCAUUUCUACAAGCCACACUUGCCAACCGCUCGGCGAUAAACAGCGGGGAAGUCACCGGGAAAGUAGACUCCGGCCGUUGAGACUUCGGCGCUGUAUCGGCUUCGUUAAAGCUCGGAUUAUCUCUUUUGCUAUUGCAGAUCCAUCUUCCCCACCCUCUCUUUUAUCUUCGGUCGUUCUUUUCUAUCUGGAGAUUCGCCUUCUCAUUCCGAGAAAUACCCUAGAUCGGGCCGCGACGUUUUACGUCCGACGAGGUUGUGCACUUUUGCUUCUAGGGCUUUUUAAAGGGUAUCGAUGGCGGAUGGGGAGGAUGUGGAGUACGAUAGCGAUCCCGAGGACGUGCUUCGUCCAUCGAUGAUGCGUCGGAGGGAAGCCAGUGACGACGAGGACGGAGAGGGGUCUGGCGUUGAGAAGGAAAGUAAGCAUGUCAGAAAUGAGAGGCUUGGUAUUCGAUCAGAUGAUGAGUUGGAAGGGGAAGGAGGUGCGCCGGGGUAUGACGAGGAGGAGUACGAGGAGCAGGAAGAGGACGAAAUGCUAGAAGAGGAGGUGGAGGAAGAGGACAUGGAAGGUGAAGACGAGGUCGGGAUUUUGGAGAGGAAUGUUCUUAAGGGAGGGCACAGCAGGGAUGCAGGAGAGUUCGAAGGUCCAGCAGUACUGAUCGAGGAGUCCGGCCUGAGGUCUGGCGGCGAGAUGGGUGGGUAUAGGGAAAAGAAUCAGGCUGAGGAACAGGAGAAGAAGGAGAACGAACCUUAUGCGGUGCCAACUGCUGGCGCAUUCUACAUGCAUGAUGAUCGGUUUGAAGAAAACGGGAGGGGACGGCACAGACGAAUGCCUGGUGGUCGAAGGUUAUGGGAGUCUAAGGAUGACCAAGCCUGGGUUCAUGAUAGGUUUGAAGAGAUGAACUUGCAGGAUUGGCGCUAUGAGGAAAGGAGGAUGCGCAGAGGCCGUUUUCGAGGUCGCGGUACUGGGAGAGGAAGGGGUGCAGGUCGUGGUUAUGGUAGGGGUAGUACACCACGAGCCUAUCAUGAUGACAAUAGGAACCAAAACCGUACUUUGAAAUCUGUUAGGGGGAGGGGACCAAUACGCUAUGAACCGCUAUCAAAUAGCAGAGAGAUUUCCUCAAAUUCACCCAGGCAGCACAGAAAAACUCAGGAGCAGACUUCAAAUAAUUCUACUGCAAAAAAAUUCCCACAAAUUUCGGAUGCGCCGCCUGAGCCAGUUGCUCCUAGAAAGCAAGCUUUUGCCUCUAGUUUAAGCUCUGCCUCACCUCCCUUUUAUCCUUCUGGCUCUUCCAAUCAGGACAUUUCUGCAAUUCAGAAACGUGAUUUGCAAACGGAAAGCAACAACAAGCCUCUUUCAUCUACGGUACAGAUGGAAAAUUUACUCUCGGCACAGCCUGCCUCAUUGUUCAGAGGGAAACCUAUUAUAGAUUCUGUUGGCUUUGAUAGACUACAUCUGGAUGAUUCAGUUCACCAGGUUUCUGGAAAAGCUCUGGUUCAUGCUCAGGCGCAGGCUUCUGGGUCUUCAAUAUCAUUGUCAAAUGCGAAUAAGUCCCCACCAUACAAAGUCCAAGGGAGAAAUUCAACUCCUUCAAUACCCAAUCACCUAACCUCUUUUAACCAAGUUGCCAGGAUACCAUCGCAAAAUCAACCUUCAAUUGUUCAUCAGAAACCUGUUCAAAGUCAAGGUCAAACUUCACAAAGAAUUUCCACCCAGCUGGUGGGUCAGCAUCUUGUUAUUGCAAACCAGGUUAUAUCUUCACAUCAGGCUUCUGUUAGUAUUUCUUCUGAAGGAGAGGAGGCAGAAUCAUCUGCUGACCAUAGUAAAUCAAACUCUACUUUGGUUGGAAAAGGAAAAAAUGUUAACCACGGAGCUGGAAGGGGCUCCUUUUUCUAUGGUGGUGCUCAGGUUAUUGGACCAACAGGGACUGUUGGUCUUCCACAUGGUGACCCAAACUUUGCAGGCACCCCUGCCCUUUUGCCAGUAAUGCAAUUUGGAGGCCAGCAUCCUGGAGGUAUUCGGGUUCCAGCUGUUGGCAUGGCUUUGCCGGGAUAUGUGGCCCAACCUGGCUUCGGGAAUUCUGAAAUGACUUGGGUUCCAGUUUUAGCAGGUGCAGCUGGUACUCUUGGAACAAAUUAUUGUUCACCCUACAUAGCUCUUGAUGGUACUUAUUAUGCUCGACCAUCAGGACAGGCCUCUACUUCUGUCUCUUCUUCCAUCAAAGAAAGUAGUGGAGCUAAACCUGCUAACAUGUUGAAACCUCCUCAGAAAAGUGAGGUUGUAAACGAUGAAUUUGGUCAACGUCAAAACAAGCCUCGUAGGUACUCAGAGAUGAAUUUUGGCCAGUGAAGUACAUAUAAGAUUUUCUUAUAUUUGAAUAAGCAGCUUAAGUUCCAUCGGAGACCCUCUGUGAUCUUCAGUUUGGAUCUGAAGCACUUUGGGGUGUUUAUAUCAUGAUGGAAUGCUAGGUUAACAACGCCUGCUGACGAGCCGCAGAACGAUGCAGUGUUGUGGUUGGGCGGUUCGACGUAGAGUUCGACUUAGGGUGGGUUUAUUUUGACGAUUCUUAUCGUUGUUCUAUUGACCAUCACAAUGCAAGUAAUGUUUUUUCGUGCUUUUAAUUCUUUCUGCGUUCUUCCGCCUCAGGUUCCAGUGCAGUGAAAUGUUAUUUUGUUUCUUGGUUUUGCUGUGUGUUUGUUGACAAAAUAAGUAGCAGAGUGCCUGCUUAUAUUUGUUUAUAUUUGUGCUGAACCUCCAGUAUUUCUAUCUUUUAUUCCAAUGCAGUUCUAUUUCGAGUGGUGG